AUGGCACAGUAUAAUAGCUGCGAUGGUUCAACAGCAGACCGCUCAAGUCCGUCCUUUUGCCUUGCCAGGAUCGAUCACUGGAACAAUGAGAAGGAGCGUCUGGUUCUCAUCACAGACUGGUCCCUCCUGAUCUGCAAAUACAACUUCAUCAGCCUGCAGUGCCAGCACGUGACGAGGAUCGCCCUCAGCGCCGUUGAUACCAUCUCAGUUGGACAGUUCGAGUUCCCAUCUAAAUCUCUGAACAAGCGAGAAGGUGUUGGAAUUCGAAUUCAGUGGGACAAGCAGAGUCGUGCCUCGUUCAUCAACAGAUGGAACCCGUGGUCCACCAGCAUCCCGUACGUCACCUUCACUGAACACCCGAUGGCAGACGCUGAUGAGAAGGUGGCCUCCCUUUGCCUGCUGGAGAACUUCAAAACUCAGCUAAUCCAGGCUGUGAAGAAAGCCCAUAAGGAGUCUCCAUUGCCAGGAAGGGCAAAUGGUGUGCUCGUGCUGGAGCGUCCUCUCCUGAUUGAGACCUACCUGGGAUUGAUGUCCUUUAUCAACAACGAGGCCAAGCUUGGCUACUCCAUGACAAGAGGCAAAAUUGGUUUUUAAAACUCAUUGUGUGGCAUCUUUUCAAGGG